UUAAAUUGGCUGGAAAAGAGCGUAAUCGAGGAAGUGACCGAAUUCAACGCCAUGGCCGACGGAGUGCUAUCGAUCAAGCUCGCCAUUCACGACUCCAAUCUCGGGGAGGGUGCCCUUUAUCGGUUGAAAAAGAACUCUCUCGUCCAUGUGCACCCCGGUGCAUCGCUGCUGGGCCGGCGCGUGGCUCUCUACUGCAAUUACCCGGCCGAUGAUAAGACAGCGUUCGAUCGGAAAGCAUACCGACGGCUUGAAUGGUGCUCGUCCACGGGAUCACCGAUCGAGCCGGCAGCAGACGGUUCGAAGCAUACGGCCAUAAAAGACAUCGAUUAUUACUGCAAUGUGCACCUUACGCACUCUGGAGCGUACCAUUUCUACGCUCUGUACGAGGAGUGCCCGGACGCGGGUCCGCAGGCCGGUCUGUACGUGCAAAUCGAACCGCAGCUCACCGUUGGCAAGGGUGAAACGGCCGCCAACCUGCCGCUCGAUGCAAUCCGCUGUCAGACGGUAAUCUCGAAGCUUCUGGGCCCUCUCGGUACCUGGGAAUCGAAGUUGCGCGUGGCCAAGGAGUCGGGCUACAACAUGGUCCACUUCACGCCGAUUCAGGAGCUCGGUGGAUCGCGGUCGGCGUACUCGCUACGAAAUCAGCUCAAGGUCAAUCCGGAAUUUCACGAUGCACCCGGCAAGGAGGUUACGUACGAUGAUGUGGCCGCGAUUGUGCAGAAACUGCGCGAAGAAUCACACGUGACCUCGAUCUGUGACAUCGUGCUGAACCACACCGCGAACGAGUCGAUCUGGAUCCGCGAGUAUCCGGAGUGUAGCUACAAUUGUUUCACCUGUCCGCAUCUGCGGCCAGCGUUUCUGCUCGAUGCGCUGCUGGCCCGAGUCAGUGACGACGUGAAGGAUGGCAUGUUGGCGCACGUCGGUGUGCCGGAGGUGGUGGAAACCGAGGACCACCUGCAGGCCAUCCGUUGGCAGAUUCAUUCGAACUAUCUGCCCCAGGUCAAGCUGCACGAACUGUUCCAGUGCGAUGUGGAUCGGUACGUGGCGCGCUUCAACGACGAGGCUGCCAAACGGAGCCCCAGUGCCGCUCAGGACAUCCCGGAGGGAAACAUUAAGCUGCGCAUGGACACGGAGUAUCGGCGGCUCGGGGCUGAGAUUGACUUUGAGCGGGCCAUGCGCAUCUACAACGUGUUCCGGCAGGACAGCUUCGACGAGGACAGUCGCAAGCGGAAGUGCGCCGAAGCGUUCCGGGCUCGGUUGCAGCACCUGAACGAGAACGUUCGGCAGGAGAUUCAGGAUCACAUCGAUUACGCCAUCGACAACUGUCUCGCCGGAACGCGCUACGAGCGCGUACAGGCGGAUGGACCUCAGGUGAAGGGCAUCUCUCUGAAGUAUCCACUGUUCAUGAAGUACUUUACGCAGUACGGAUGUCAGGGCAAGUCGCUGAAGGACAUCGAAGCCAUGAUGUACGGUGGGCCCGGGAAGCUGUUCAUGGCCCACAAUGGGUGGGUCAUCAACAGCGACCCGUUGAAGGACUUUGCCCGACCACAACCCGGCACCGGGAACGUGUAUCUUCGGCGUGAGCUGAUCGCUUGGGGUGACAGCGUGAAGCUACGGUACGGCGACAAGCCGGAGGACAGUCCGUACCUGUGGAAGCACAUGCAACAGUACGUCGACACGACGGCACGUAUCUUCGAUGGCGUUCGGCUGGACAAUUGCCACUCGACACCGCUGCACGUGGCCGAAUAUCUGCUGGACUCCGCGCGGAAGGUCAACCCGGAGCUGUACGUAGCGGCCGAGCUGUUUACGAACUCUGACCACACGGACAACAUCUUCGUGAACCGUCUCGGCAUUACGUCACUGAUACGCGAGGCCCUGUCGGCGUGGGAUUCGCACGAGGAAGGACGGCUGGUGUAUCGGUACGGCGGGGCACCGGUUGGCGCCUUUUUCCCCUGUCCGAAGCGCAUCCUCGCGCCGACCAUCGCGCACGCCCUGUUCAUGGACCUCACGCACGACAAUCCGUCGCCGGUGGAGAAGCGAUCGAUCUUCGAUCUCAUCCCGUCGGCGGCCCUCGUGUCGAUGGCAUGCUGCGCGACGGGCAGCAACCGUGGCUACGACGAGUUUGUGCCACAUCACAUUCACGUGGUCGAUGAGGAGCGCCAGUACCAGGAGUGGGGCAAACAGGUGGACAAGACUACCGGACUGAUCGCGGUGAAGGAGGCACUGAACGUACUGCACGGAGGAUUGGCCACCCGCGGGUUCGACCAGGUGUUUGUCGAUCAGAUGCAUCCGGAAAUUGUGGCCGUAACACGUCACUCGAUCACGAACCACGAAACGGUCAUUCUGGUGGCGCACACGGCCUUUGGCUACCCUACCCCAUGGGCCGGGCCGACCGGGGUCCGUGCACUCGAGUUCGAGGGAGAGUUCAAGGAGAUCGUGUUGGAGGUGCAGAUCUACAAGAAAACCGGCCAAACGUUCGAGCGGCCCACGGAGUUCGUUAAGAACCAGGAGUACAUCAACGGUGUCAACGAGUACGUGGUGGAUCUGAAGCGGAAUCUCAAACUCGCUGAAUCGGACAUCUUCAGCAAGGAGGCCGUCGUGAAGGGCAACGUAACUCAGCUACACUUUGCCAACCUCAAGCCCGGCUCGGUGGUGGCGGUUCGCGUUGCGCUAAAGGAAUCGGUGAGGGCGCACUUUGAUAACCUGCAGGCGUUGGUCCACGAGUUCCACCAGGACCGGGGCUCACGGUACGCCGAGUUGCAGCACAUUCUCUCGAAGCUGGACCUGGUGGACUUUAACAAGCUGCUGUACUGCUGUGCCGAAGAGGAGCGCGACAAUGGCGGCGGUCCGUACACCGUCGACGGCUACGGUGACCUCGUUUACUGUGGACUGCAGGGGGUGAUGUCCAUCCUGUCCGACAUCGGACCGAACAACGAUCUGGGCCACCCGUUGGCAAACAAUCUUCGCAACGGCGACUGGUUGAUCGAUUAUUGCUCUCAGCGGUUGUUGAAGUACGAGAAGCUGGUUCCGAUGGCCAAGUGGUUGGAGACGAACCUGCGGUCGGUGAAGGAAAUUCCGCGCUACAUGAUCCCGAGCUAUUUCGAUGUGAUCAUCACGAACGUGCACCGCUUGGCGGUCAGUGCGGCCUGCAAUCUGAUGUCGGACUUUGUGCGCCACGGGUCAAACUUUGGCCGUCGCCUGGCGCUCGGUUCGGUGCAGUGUGUGAGCGUGUGCCCGUCGGCAAACCUUCCCAAGCUCAGUCCGCACGUAAGCGAUCCGAAACCCCCGGGCCACUGUGCGACAAUGGCCGCUGGGUUACCUCACUUUGCGACGGGCUAUAUGCGGUGCUGGGGUCGCGAUACGUUCAUCGCAAUCAGAGGUCUGACGCUGUUGACGGGUCGGCACGAUGAGACACGCUACAUGAUACUCGGGUUCGCCGGGUGUCUGCGUCACGGGCUGAUCCCGAAUUUGCUCGAUGGUGGCCAGAACGCACGCUUCAACUGUCGUGACGCCGUUUGGUGGUGGCUGUACACGAUAAAGCAGUACGUCGAAGAGGUUCCCAAUGGGAAGAGCAUCCUCAAGGACAAGGUGUCCCGGCUGUACCCGACGGACGACUCCGAAGCCAAGGCUCCCGGCGAAUGCGAUCAGCUGCUGUACGAAACGAUCCAGGAAGCGUUGACGGUGCACUUCCAAGGACUCGCGUACCGGGAGCGGAACGCCGGCACCCGGAUCGAUGCUCAUAUGAAGGACAAGGGUUUCAACAAUCGCAUCGGAGUUCACCCGGAGACCGGCUUCGUGUUCGGGGGCAACAAUGCCAACUGUGGCACGUGGAUGGACAAAAUGGGCUCAUCGGAUAAGGCCGGCAACCGGGGCGUACCGUCGACUCCGCGCGAUGGUUCGGCGGUCGAGUUGGUCGGGCUGCAGAUGGCGGGUUUGCGCUUCAUGCAGCAGAUGGCCGAACAGAAGGUGAUUCCGGUGGCGUCCGUUGAGCGAUCGUCGUACAAUGGCACCAAGACGGUUUGGACGUACAAGGAGUGGGCCAAUCGGAUUGCGGCCAGCUUUGAUCGUGAGUUUUACGUGGACGAAUCAACCGACAGCUCGUACGCCAACAAGCGGGGCAUGUACAAGGACACGGUCGGGUCGGAGAUCCCGUGGACCGACUUUCAGUUGCGGUGCAACUUUCCAAUCGCGCUGGUGGCCGCACCGGAGCUGGCCGACCCGAAGAGGGCUUGGCGUGCGCUGGAGAGCGCCAAGAAAUAUCUCCUCGGCCCGCUGGGCAUGAAGACGCUCGACUACGAGGACUGGGGCUACCGGGGAAACUACGAUAAUUCUAUCGACUCCGACGACAAAACGGUGUCCCACGGUGCCAACUACCACAAUGGUCCCGAGUGGGUGUGGCCGAUUGGGUUCUACCUGCGCGCCCGGCUUAUCUUCGCCAAAGCGAACGGGGUGCUGAAGGAAACGGUGGCCGAGACGUGGAAAAUCCUGCAAACCCACCUGAACGAGCUGCAGCGUUCCCAUUGGCGCGGAUUGGCCGAGCUGACGAACGAAAACGGAGCGUUUUGCAACGACUCGUGCCGGACGCAGGCCUGGAGCAUGGGCUGCGUGCUCGAGGUAGUGCACGAUCUGGAGAUGUACGAAAAAGAGCUCUAAACACAGACGCUAGCCACCUAUCUAUACUGCCUCUGUCGCUUAAGAGCGAUUAGAUUGUUUUUUGUUUUUGGUUUAGUGUCACUCAAUGCCAUAUUUACUCAAUCAGAUGUUGUUUAUUUUAUAGCGAUAGUUUUGUUUUGUUGUUGACUGGAUCGUGGCCGUGAGUUUAUUAAAUUAAAUGCGAAGCUAUAUAUUGUUGAAUUUGUGGGACACAUGGUGUAGAAGUUAAAAUAAAGCAUCAAUACUCAAUUCGCCCCCCGUG